UUACAAUCAGUUAGAUGCUAAUUCCGGAUGUACUCACAUUCUGCACAACAAUUAUUCGCUCAAAGUGGUUAUUAAAGCGUCAAGAUUAGGAGUUUUGAAUCAGGCAUAGCUAAGGGCGUCAAUUACAGUCACCGUACUUUUCCCGCAGGACCGGCGGUGCGCAGACAUGGCCUCGAGCAGCCGCAAGUCCGUGCUUUUCGUGUGUUUAGGGAACAUAUGCCGAUCCCCAAUUGCAGAAGCGGUCUUCAGGAAAAUGACAACAGAACGUGGUGUUGUAAAUGAUUGGGUAAUAGACAGUGGCGCCGUUUCCGACUGGAACACAGGCAGUUCCCCAGAUGCCCGUGCUCUGGCCUGCCUCAGGAAACAUGACAUUGAGACAGACCACAGGGCCCGACAGGUGACAAAGGAAGAUUUUGCAUCCUUCGAUCACAUUCUUUGCAUGGAUGAAAGCAAUUUAAGAGAUCUCAACAGGAAAGCUAAUGCGGUGAAGAACCUCAAAGCUAAGAUUGAGCUCCUUGGCACCUAUGACCCUCAGAAACAGCUGAUCAUCAAAGAUCCAUAUUAUGGCAGUGAUGAGGACUUUGACAUGGUGUACGAUCAGUGUCUUAGAUGCUGCAAAGCUUUUUUGGACAACCACUCUUGAUGCUACUCUUGACCUCCUUCAGUAAAUAAUCUGAGAUAAACAUGCUUGAAAAUGUCAUGCUCUGCUUGUAAUUACUCAUUGCUUUCCCAAAGGAAUGUCAAUAUUAGUUCAAAUGUUGACCAUAGUACAGUAUCAGUCCAUUACAAUAUUCACUGAUGACAAUUUUGUUUAAAAAUAAACUUGCUUAAUUGGAUACAGUUUCAGUUCAUUGACAGAAGUGUAACUGUGGAAGAAAAUAAUGAAGAUAAAAAUUCAAUGUAAGCGUGAAUUUGAGUGUCCCAAUGUGAAUGACUACAUGUAAGCUGUAUGUCACCCUGCUCUGAUGCACAUGUCUAGCUGUGACUUUGGAGUCAUUCUUUAAGUGCAGAAAAAGAGAAUCAAGAUUUAUGUCGUAAAAGCAAAUAUUCUGGUCAGAAUACUUAGCUCUUUGUUGAGUUUGACAUUCAGCCUAUAAAAUGAAACAGCUCUUCAUCUGUGGGUUAAGGUCUCGAGCUUUUCUUCAUGGUGGUAAGAACGUUUGACGUUUCAUUCAUUGCAUCCUUGUAGUCUUGUUAACAAAUUGUAUUUCUCUACUUAAAAAAUUUAACCUUGUUUCACUGUGCUUACAGCAUGCUGUUCAAAGUACACUGAAGUUGUGCAAAAUUGGUGAUCUGUGAAAUACACAAAAUUGACAAUGCAGUUUUCGAGCACUGGUUGACUAAACUUAAACUAAUCCACUUGCAAGAGGACAAAUUGUCAUUUUACAGGAAGUUUAUAUGCACUCCAUAAGUGCUUCUUAAACAUGCUUCUGUAACAGUUUACACUUAUUUCCCUCCUUACAGCAGGUAAUCAGCACAUUUCUUUGGUUAGCUUGAAUGUUUUGCUGUUCUAGAACACAUUCCAGAUGCGUGAAAGGUACAAGAAUUUUUCUGAGAGAUAAUGCACAUUUCCCCCAUUUACCUUUAUAUGUGAGUUUAUCCAAAAGGUACAUUUACAGGUUGUGAAACAGAUUAGUUACAAUUAACUUUCAGGCUGUAACAACUGGUAACUUUUAAAGGUAAUUUUUUGCCAUUAAAGACUUACUAUUGUGAGCUACAUGGUGGUGCAGCAAGUAGUGCUGCUUCCUGACAGCACCUGGGCUGUUUGUGCACGAGAUCGAGUCCGGGACAGUCUAUGCGGAGUUUGCAUGUUCUCCCUGUGUCUAUGUGGGUCCC